AUGAGCAGAUAUCAUCGCGGCGACUACGACGACGAGGACGAGAUCGACGUCCGGGUCUUCCGUCGCAACAAGGAGGCGUCGCCGCCGCCGCCCCGUGUCAUCGCUCGCCCGCCGCCCGUCCAAGGCUACUAUGCCACCGGCCCUGCUUUCCUGGCCGCCGAGCGCACCGUGGCCACGCGCCCGCGCUCCCGGUCCCGCGAGCGCCGCUCCAGCCCACCACCCGUCAUCAUCAACAACUACAACACCCAGCACUCGGACGACGACUCCGACUCGGGCCACCAUGGCCAGCUCGUGCCCCGCCGCCAGGGCCGCUCGCACUCGCGCGCGCCCUCGAGCGACUUUAUGUCGCGCGAAGAGUACGAGCUCGAAAAGGCCCGCCGCGAGCUGCACGAGAUGAAGAUUCGCAACGCCCAUGCCAACGAAGAGCUCGAGCUGCACGUGCGCCGCAACGACCGUGAGGAGUGGGAGCUGCAGCAGGCGCGCCACGAGCUGGCACACUACCGUGCCGAGGAGCACGACCGCGAGCGCAAGCUCCGCCAGCAAGAGGAGGUCGAAAUGGCGCGGGCCAAGCGCGAGCUGGACGCGAUCAAGGCGACCCAGGACAAGGAGCGCUCGGAGCGCAUGCGCGAAAAGGAGUACAAGAGCCACGCCGAGCUGGAGCGGGCCAAGCGGGAGCUGGAGGACAUCCGGCGGCGCGAGGACCGCGAGCUUGAGGAGAAGCGCAUCAAGAAGGACCUGGAGCUCAAGGCGCUGGAGGCGCAGAAGAAGGCGCAGGACGAAAAGGAGCGGCGCGAGAAGAUGGAGAAGGAGGCCAUUGAGCGCUACAAGGUCAAGGAGGCCGAGCGCAUUGCCAAGGAAAAGGCCGAGAAGGAAGAAAACGAGCGCGAGUACAAGCGCCGCCUGCAAGAGGAUCUGCUGCGGUCGGGCGUCGACGAGAAGGACAUCAAGGCCAUUCUCGAUAAGAAGUCGGUCAAGCCCGAGAAGACCGAGAAGAAGCGCACCGACAUCAACAUUGAGAUUGGCGGCCCCGUGGCGCAGCGGCCCACGUAUACCCGCAUGGCUCGUCGCCACCUGUCCAUCGAGACGCUCAACUACUACCACAUUGACUUUGACUACGAUCAGGACCCCGAGUACAUCCUGGUCAAGCGCUGGGUCCCCGAGGACGAGCGCCAGUUCUGGUGGCAGCAUACCAAGACGAUUCGCGAAAACCGCAAGGUCGUGCUCAAGAUCGAGGACGGCGGCAAGCACCAUCACCACCAUCAUCUGGAACCCGAGUUUGAGUGGGUGCGCAAGAAGGAGCGCAGACGCAGCCGCAGCAAGUCGCCUGGCCUGCUGAUGUACCUGGCCGGUGCAAAAUAA